GUGAAGCAUUUCUUACUACAAUGAAGAAGAUAGCUGAAUAUAACUAGUGAGUAGAUAACGGUGUCUUUGGGAAUAAGGCGGGCGCGUGCUUCUACCUCAAGUGCACUCACUUCGUUCAAGCUUCAGUAUUACUCAGACCAUCUGCGGAAUCGCCAGCUUAAAAUAGGUGUAAAAAAUUAACUGUUUUUGUCGAGAAAUAAGAAGUUCGGGCGUGCUUUUCACGCCCUUUUGGGCAAGGAUCUCUUCAUAACUAUGGAUAGAUCCAGACUGGCAUAUGUGACAGCAGCGGCUGUGGGUGCCGGUACGGCAGGUUUCUUCAUUUGGUGGUGGUGGACUCGGAGGCAAAAAGACCAGCCUCCUUCUCGAUGGCGAAAAGUUGGAGACCUCAGUGAUUUAAUAUGUUUUCCGGUGAAAUCCCUUGGUCCUGUUCGAAUGACCGAAAUGGAAUGCACCCCUCUUGGUCUGAAAGCCGGUUGGCUCAGAGAUAGAACCCUCAUGGUCAUCGAUCUCGAUGGCCAGUUUGUCACUGGCAGACAACUGCCCAGAAUGGUUCAGGUCUCGCCAAGUGUUUCCGGUUCCGUUUUGACACUGCGUGCUCCAGGGAUGAUGUCAGUUUCUAUCGACCUUGCCAGGGUCCGAGGAAAAAGUUUUCGAGCUGCAGUUUGGGGGCAGGCUGUCCAUGCAUGUGAUUGUGGUGAAGAAGUUGCAAGGUGGUUGUCCCGUUUUCUUCUUCAAGAAGACGCUGGUCUCAGACUCGUUUAUUAUCCGUUAGAACGACCAUCUCGAGAAGUGCGGACGAAAAACAAGGCCUUCCCGUUGACGGACACCAUCGACACGGGAGCCUAUCCUGAUGCAACAAGUUAUACAUUACUGAAUGAAGCAUCAAUUGCAGAUUUAAACAAUCGUCUAGAGGAACCUGUAAAUCCAUUGAACUUUCGCAUGAAUUUCGUCGUGAAAGGUGCAGAAGUUCUCGAAGAAGAUCACUGGGACUGGGUCAAAAUUGGAAAAAUUGUUUUUCGAAAUGUAAAGCCUUGCACAAGGUGUAUAUUUACUACUGUAGAUCCAGAAACCGGCAAAAAGAAUCCAAAAGUUGAACCUCUCAAAACUUUAAAGAAGUACCGACAAAUAACGGAUCCAGAAUUGCGUCCCUACACUGGAGAUAGUCCCGUGAUGGGAAUACAUUUAGGAUUAAGAAGUUCAAAUGCCACAGUUCGACUCGGAGAUCCAGUUUAUGUUGGAGUUUCUGAAAAGGAGGACGAAAUUUUAAAAACGCCCCCAUAGCAUCAUCGCUGGGGCUCCUGUGAUGAAGAGAUCGUUCUCGAUGACGAGGGGACGGAUCCGAUCGCUGGAGACAAUCCUUUGUAAUUUUUUUAAAAUCAAAGGUUAAAAUUAUUAUAAAUUAUGUAAAUAUGAGAAAAUUAUUUUUUAAAGGGAAAAUAAUAUUCUAUGAUUAUCGCCACUACCUGACCUAUAAAAGUUUGUAUUUUUAAAGAAAUUUUUUUUUAGAAACUAGAGCAAUCUUUAGAAAAAAGUUGUUUUUUUUUCAAAAUUUUCUUUUGGAUUUUACCAAAAAUCUUAUACGUUUUGAGCAAGUUGUCUAUGUUUUACAGAAAUGUCUGUAAUGUAGCGAGAAAAUGUUUUUUUUUUAACAUUUAAAAGACAUGAA